CUAUCUCUUGUCAUUGGAUGGAUAGAUGGAUGGAUGGUCGUCUAAAGCUAUAUUACGGUAUGCAACUGAAAUGUCCUCUUCGUAUAUUCCUAUACACAACAGAAGCGUCCCAUCCAAAUAGGCAAAUGGGGCUUUUUGACAAGCUUGCAGGGUGGCUGGGCCUGAAGAAGAAGGAAGUGAACGUGUUGUGUUUAGGUCUGGACAACAGUGGAAAAACUACCAUCAUCAACCAGCUAAAGCCAUCCAAUGCUCAGGCUCAAGACAUUGUACCAACUAUAGGUUUCAGCAUAGAAAAGUUUAAGACCUCAAGUCUUUCUUUCACAGUGUUUGACAUGUCAGGGCAGGGAAGAUACAGAAAUCUGUGGGAGCACUAUUACAAGGAGGGUCAGGCCAUCAUAUUUGUGAUUGACAGUGGUGAUAAACUAAGAAUGGUUGUGGCAAAAGAAGAAUUGGAUACCCUUUUGAAUCACCCUGAUAUUAAGCACAGAAGAAUACCUAUACUCUUUUUCGCUAACAAGAUGGACCUCAGGGAUGCAUUGUCAGCAGUAAAGGUCUCCCAGCUCUUGUGUCUGGAAAAUAUUAAGGACAAACCAUGGCAUAUCUGUGCAAGUGAUGCAGUGAAAGGAGAAGGUCUCCAGGAGGGUGUAGACUGGCUGCAAGAACAAAUUCCACAAUCAAAUCAGAACCAUGAAAGCGUAAAACCCUCCUGAAAUAUAAAAUCACCAGCUGCAAUGGCGGAGCCAAACAAAACAGAUCUUCACCUUUGGGCACAAAAAACGGUGUUUGUCAGUUAGGUUGGUAGUGUAAUAAACUGUUUGGCUUUGAUUAUGGCCCUGUUUGCUCUAGGUAUGAACAACUGUCUCAGUUGAUCUGAUCACAAGUGGUCAGUCGAGACUUUUCUUUUUAAAUCUCGCCACAAACAUUAUUCUGACAGUUGUUUUCUUUUAAAGCCACAUAUAACUAGUGAAGUUUAACCUAUUAGCCCAAUAAUUGAUUGACAGAUUCCCUAUUGUCCAGAAUGCAUGAAGAGCACAUUACAAUUUAAACAAAAAAUUACAUUUGUCUAUAUACAUUUCUGACUACCUCCAAAUGAGUAAGAUCACAAACCAUUUCACCACUUUUGAUCACCUGAGCUAUUAUGCUAUAAUCACGUGUAAAUUUGUCUGACAAUGCAUCUGAUAUUUGAUCAUUGCACCUUCUCUCUUGAUGAAUUACACUACUCUUCUUGGCUGCCAAUGCUGUAAAGUAAAUCUGUUGAGAAACUCACUGUAACAAGUUUCUCAGACAGCUGAGCACCGUGGCUAAUAUUUUAUAUCUUAGCUAUGUUUGUUUAUGAAUAGAUAGAAAACUUUCCCAAGCAGUGUUUAUUCCAUUGCUUUGAAAUAAAAAAUUGGUCAAAGCUUGUUACCGUAGUGAUGUACAGUAGUGCUGUUUAGUCACUAUUUUGCUAUGAUUUACUUUUUCAUGCAUUGUAUGCAUGUUGCCUCUGAACAGUAUGAAAAUGAGAAAUUAUGACACCUCAAACCACAAAGGAAAUGUUUCUCUUUGUUCUGGAGUUAUUUAAUUUCCAUAAAUAUGUUGUUUUAAAAGCAUAUGUAAAGGAAUUGUUGCUGCAUUUUUGUCUUGUUUUGUCUAGACAGAUUACAGAUUUUUAGCAUUUUUUUUUCGUCUUAUUGCUGUUUUAUUCAUCAAUAAGGGAUCUUGUAAUAGAAUGUUUAAAGAAUAAACAAACUCUGGGGCUUAGUCUGUGUAUGAUCUCUCUCUCUCUAUGAGAGAGAAAGCUGCACUAUGCUUUCAUUGAAGACAUCAGCUGGAGCUUAAAGGAAUACUAAAGGAAUGAUUCAAUGAUGUGCUCAUAGCACUCAUACUUGUUGCCACUUACUAAUAUAACCAUGUUACCUGCAGAAACGGUCACUGAAGAAUCCUAUCCACUUACGUACACACUGACAGUUUGUCUGAACAGAGUGAUACAGUAUAAACACUGAAAAUUCCCAGUGCUGCUGGCCUAUGUAUCAGAACUCUUGGAAUAUAUGUAUUUUGUAGUGUAGCCCAAGCAGCAUUUGUGCCAGAAUUUGAUCUGGUAUCUGUUGUAAAGGAAUGCAGCACUGUCAGUUUUUGCUUAAGUUUGUUGAGUCCAGGUUAAAUUUUUCUGAGUGGAGGAGAGAAUCUUCCUUGCUAGCAAAAUAACGAGAUUUACAAAUUAAUUCCCCCAGACCCAACAAAGUACAUCUCAAACACCAUAGCUGCAAAGCCCAGCCCAUUCUAAGUUAAUUUAAUAGCAUAAAAGGAAUAAAGGUAUUCGUUUUCACCCAAAAAUGAAAAUUCUGUGAUCAUUUUCUCACGCUUGUAUAUCAUUCCAAUAUGCCUUUCUUUGAAAGAAGAUAUUAAGAUAAAUGUCUCAGUUUUCCUCCUUCCAGUGG